AUGACAGACCCAGCGUACAGAAUCAAAAAUCACAUGAACAAAGAUCACCACUUGGCCCUCGUGGAUUACGUGGUCGUGUAUGGCAAAGAACGCCUUAGCAACAUUGAUGUUCAUAGUGUUCACAUCGCCCAUGUCACUGUGGACGAGUUGGCUUUAAAAUACAAAGCUAAAAAUGGCAUGGAACAAGAUUUGAAACUCGAGUGGAACUCAGUUGAUGACGGAGAAGGUUUGCGUGUGGAGUCAAUGCUGGACAUCAAGGCCAAGCUCAUUGCCAUGGCGAAACACGCUGCCCAAAAGCAAGGCUUUUCGCAUAAACAAAUCACCAAAAUAUUGCCCCCAAAAACCGUGACUCCGUUUGUGGCGUACGCGUUUGCUGCGCUUUCAGUGGCUACUUACAUCAAAAGAGAUUUCUUGCGCUCGGUGCUUGGACUCGUUUUUUCACAGAAUUCCCCAGGCGUUGAAUCUUUCUUGGUGUUUGCUGAAAAAAGAGUUCUCCCAAUUGCCGGAGCAAUGUACGCUAUACAUUUACUUGAAAUGUUGUUUCUUGUUCGGCCAAAGACCGUGAAGUAUAGAAUGCCUUGGCCUACGAAGCUUGCGUGGAUGACAUUCAGCUUUUUCGAGGGGUACUUGUGUGUUCCAAGAUUGAACAGCUUAACUGAAUAA